AUGGCGGCCACCAGAAACAACAGCAGCGUCAACCAAAACCCGGACAACAACGACGGCCGGCGAAUGGAGAGAAAGAGGGUCGCACCGUCCGAUCAAAUGCUGCAGCAGAACCACCGUCGUUAUCAUCGCCGGACAGACGAUGAUGGCAGCAGGCAACAGCAGCAGCAGCAGGUCAUGAAUACGAUUGCCAUUAAUAAUAACGCAUUUACACCCCACCCGUUUCAUCUCAACCACUCCACCACAAAUCCCACUCCACCACCACCAACAUUUACUCCUGCAACCGCCGCCGCCGCUUCCUUCGCCAACUUGUUGACCGCAAUGACCACCACCUCCACGUCAGCCUCAGCACCGCCACCAACUCAAAUCACCAAUCCCAACAGCAACAACAACUUUGCCUCACCACCGUCGGCGUCGGCGGCGGCGGUGUGCGGCUUCUCCGGCCUCCCUUUGUUCCCUCCGGAUCAGAGGCAAGUUCCGGUGAUCACGAGUAAUAUUCCUGCAACAGUUGGAUCGAGUCCCGUCCUAAUGGACGAUGACGACUCCUCCGCCGCGGCGGCGGCAUGGAUCGAUGGGAUAAUCAGAGACCUAAUCCACAGCUCAGCAAACGUCUCAAUCCCCCAGCUGAUUCAAAAUGUAAGAGAAAUUAUUUACCCUUGCAACCCUAAUCUCGCCGCCUUGCUCGAGUACCGGCUCCGCAGCCUCCUCGACCCGGGCCCAAGCCCAAUCCCGGCUCGCGGAGAGCCCGCCCUCCUACUUCCUUCCACCAGGCCGCCUCCUCCUCCGCCGCAGCCGCCGCAGCAACGAAUCUACCACAAUAACAGCUCCGCCUCCGCGGCGGCGGCUUCUGCAAAAUUCAACGUUGUCACUUCCUCAUCGGGAUCCGAAAUUCAAAAUCAAGAUGACGAUAGAUCUGGAUCUGGCUCCGUUCCGGAACCGCAAGCGACGGAAGCUGCGGCGGCGGCGGCGGAGCAGGAGAAGCGGAUGCGGCGGAGGAACGACGAGAAGGCGGAGAAGGAGCAGCGGAAGAGGGACGAGGAAGGGCUGCAUCUCCUCACUCUGCUCCUCCAGUGUGCGGAGGCGAUCUCGGCGGACAACCUGGAGGAGGCGAGCAGGAUGCUGCUCGAGAUCUCGGAGCUCUCCACGCCGUACGGCACCUCGGCGCAGCGCGUGGCGGCGUACUUCUCGGAGGCGAUGUCGGCGAGGCUGGUGAGCUGCUGCCUCGGGAUGUACGCCGCCGCGCUGCCGCCCGGCUCGGCGCCGCCGAGCCACUCCGCGAGGAUGGGGACGGCGUUCCAGGUGUUCAACGGGAUCAGCCCCUUCGUGAAAUUCUCCCACUUCACCGCCAACCAGGCGAUUCAGGAGGCGUUUGACGGGGAGGAUAGGGUGCACAUCAUAGAUCUGGAUAUUAUGCAAGGGUUGCAGUGGCCCGGCCUGUUUCACAUUCUGGCUUCGCGGCCCGGUGGGCCGCCGAAGUACGUCCGGCUGACUGGGCUUGGGACCUCGUUGGAUUCGCUUCAGGCGACGGGGAGCCGGCUGUCGGAUUUCGCACGGAAGCUCGGUCUGUCUUUUGAGUUCUUUCCGGUUGCGGAUAAGGUCGGGAAUGUGAGCCCGGAGAAGCUGAACGUGAGUAGGAGGGAGGCGGUGGCGGUACACUGGUUGCAGCACUCGCUCUACGACGUCACCGGCUCGGACCCCAAUACGCUCUUGCUCUUGCAGAGGUUGGCGCCGAAAGUGGUGACGGUGGUGGAGCAAGACCUGAGCCACGCGGGCUCGUUCCUCGGCCGGUUCGUGGAAGCGAUCCACUACUACUCCGCCCUAUUCGACUCGCUGGGGGCGAGCUACGGUGAAGAGAGCGAGGAGAGGCACAUGGUGGAGCAGCAGCUGCUCUCCAAGGAGAUACGCAACGUUCUCGCCGUCGGAGGGCCGUCCCGCCGCGAAGCGGCCGUCGCGGCCGCCGGGGACGACGAUCACGCGGCGGCGGUGGUGAAAUUCCACAGCAGCUGGAGGGAGAAGCUGCAGGAGUCAGGUUUCACGGGCGUGUCUCUUGCAGGGAAUGCAGCGACGCAAGCAACGCUGCUGCUUGGGAUGUUCCCUUCGGAUGGUUACACUUUGGUGGAGGACGGCGGCGCGCUGAAGCUUGGUUGGAAGGAUCUUUGCUUGCUUACUGCUUCGGCAUGGAAACCCCGGCCGCAGAUGCCGCCGAGUUCGGCGUCUUCUUCGCCGGCGGCGUCCGGUUACCUCCACCUUCAUCCUCAUUCCUUGCUUACUGCGUAG